AUGUUCACCAAGGCUGUUCUGUUUUCGUUCUUAUCGAGCUCCGCUCUCGCCGGCGUCCUCAACGCCGCCCACCAUGCCGCCCAUCUCGACCGCCGCGCCGCCGACAUCUGUGGGAAAAAGGGAUACGACCGCGGUGCGUCCAACUACGACUACGAUGACAGCGGAAAGUUCUCCACCCUCGCGGACUGCUCCAAGCGCUGCUUGGCCAGCUCACAGUGUCUGAGCUUCGGUUAUGGUGGGAAGGAGUGCAUGCUUUUCAGCGUUGCCCUGGCGAACAACUUUGACGCCGAUUCGGGCAGCACGGACACGUACUAUGAUCGUGGCUGUUCGAUUCUCGGAUCGCAACCGAAUCCGCAACAAAAUCCGGUCAAGACCAGUACGACUUCCAAGGUAUCCACCACUUCGAAAGCCCAGGUUGCAUUAUCGAGUCUCAAGACGACCACACCUUCUGCUGUAGCACCGACCUCAUCCACUGCCAGGAGCCUCUCCACUUCUAGUUCCCCCGCGAGCAGCAUCAGCACGGCCAUCCAGAGCAGCAGCGGCUUCAGCAGCAGCGGCUUCAGCAGCAGCACAAGCACAAGCACAGCGCCGGCGUCGACAGUAUCCUACUAUCCGGGCUGCAAAGCCAGCGAUUUCAAGCAGACUUUCGACAUCACCUCCCUGUCCUGGUUCAACUCCACCAACAACCUCGACUGCGUCGGCGGCAAGGCCAACUUCGACAGCAGUGCCAAGGUGUGCGUCGACAGCGCCACCAACACGCUCUGCGACCCAUCCAAGGCCGGUUCCCCCUCAACGUGCACAUGCCAGGCGUACUGCACGCCCACGGCGCCCUCGGCAGCCUUCCAGCCCCCAGGCUACGGCCCGCCCGACACCAUCUCCGUCUCCAUCGCCGACUUCGCCUACCCGACGUGCACGCAGUCGAACCCGCAGACGCCCGCGACCGGGGUCGGGGCGCUGGGCCUCGCGGAGGUCGGCGGCGGCAACGUCGGCUGCGGGCCCAACCACAACUACCUCAACUUCUUUGGCGACAGCAGCCCGGGCCGCGAGCAGGGCCGCGUGCUGUUCGUCCCGGGCGCCUCGUGCCAGGGCCACCUGGCGCUGUACGAGGCCACGUUCCCGCUGAGCUGCUCGAGGGACGCGGGCGGGAAUGCCACCUGUGUGCCCCAGACCCUGCCCGUUUCGGUGUCUCUUACGCGGUUCGCGGUCGGGCAGUGUAAUAGCUGUUCGGGGUCGCUGAUUCAGUGA